AAGGAAGAUAGCACACUAUAUCCAGGAAGCAUCCCAAAUGAAUCAUUUCCUCUUCGGACAUUCGUAGAAUUCAAUAAUAGGCUAACUAAGAAAAACAUUUGUGUGACACUAAGAUCGGACAAAUUUAAAAAUCAAUAUAUCAUACUAUAUAUGAUUCAGUAUUGGAGCGAGGAUCUGAAUCAAACAAUUCAAAUAAAUAUCACGAAUACUCAGAUAAUUAAUCCAUUAGAAUACAAAGUAUACGAUUUAAAAGCUGAUACAACUUACUAUUUUAAUAUAGGAAUGAUGAAAUUGUUUGAUCGUAGUUCUUUUGUUAAUUUCAUCAAUGUGUCCACCAUGGACGAGAAUCCGAUACCUCUAUUACUCGUCAUCCCGUGGUAUUCAUUUGGUGUGGAUAUAUUGGAUGUAGAUUUACAGAUAGGUAUUGAACUUGAUACACAAAUUAUGUAUAGAGAUAUCGUUUACUCAGCAUUGGAACAUAAAAUAUAUGGAAUCAGUAGCCAAUCAGAGCUAAUAACAUUGGAUUUUAAUCCAACCGCAAUCCAAACAAAUCGAACAAUAGCAAAGCUCAAUGACACUGCACAUCAACUCUGCUUUGAUUGGAUUCAUAGAAAACUUUAUUGGGUACAAAAAUGUACAACGGGAAUCUGCAUUAUAAAACUAGACUUAACAUUGUUGGAACAAAUAGGCAUAGUAAAAUAUGAUGAAAUAAAUAUAUCCAAGGAACAAGAUCGUGCAAUGUUUUUACAUGUACUGCCAUCAUCAGGAUAUAUGUAUUGGUCACUGUUUGGCUCGUCAGAAGUAAUGCGAUCGGAUUUAGAUGGAAAAACAUGA